GCUUGAAUGAAUGCCGGUAUACGACCGACUUCCAUUCCGCUGUAUUCAACCAAUGUUUAAUAUUUUAUUCCCAGCGGCCAUUAGCCGUGAAGAACCGACGAGAGGGAGCAGCAGGUGGACCAGUCGGGUCCGCAGGUCGGACUGUGGUGCUGCCAAGACCCACAGACGGGUUUUCUUAUCAAUGAAAGGGUCCACGCCGAUUAAUGACCCGGUUUAAUGACCCGGUUUACACGCGUGGGUGAAGUACACGUGCGUGGGGAGCAGAAGAGACGUUGAGGAGCGACUUCUGCCGUGCGAGGCUGCUGGGUAACAUUAGUUCUUCAUGGUCCUCCGGAGUGAUGAGGUGUGGGUCAGCAACACCACCGAGCGGGUUCAGGGAAGGGUUCCAUCCAUAGAACCAAUUUGCUCACGAAGGCAUCAUUCCAGAGGCCUGAGACCACAUGUGAAGUUCCAGCGAUAUCCUCGUAACCAUGUAUGAGCCUCGGUACUACGAUAGCCCCCCCGUGUACAGCCCGCCUUACAGCACCAACUCCCAAAGCUUCUAUCCCCCCAGGAGCGUCCACUCCCCCCAGAGCCAGUUUGUCCCCCACACCUUCGAUGCCCGCCCUCACCCCAACUACACAGAGGGGAAGCCUCAAUACUUCUACCGCUGGUUUUCUCCUCCCGGUUUCGUCAAGACCUUCCAAGGAGUCACAGUACUCAUGUGUUUCAUUAUAUUCGCCUGCGUGGCUUCGACCCUGGUGUGGGACAUGAACGGGUUCGGCUACGGGGGAUAUGGGGUCGGGGCUACGGGGGGGAUCGCAGGGAUGGAGUCUGGAUAUUAUGGAGGCAGCUACGGCUAUGGUGGCUCCUACAUGACGCCGCAAUCUGCCAAGUCAGCCAUGAUUUCCAUGGCAGCAAUUAACUUUCUGGUCUCCCUGGGCUUCCUGGUGGGGAGUUUCUCACGGUCUCGGAUCAUGAGGGGAUGCAAGUUCUACCUCAGCGUGUUCGUUUGUGAUAUCAUCUUGGCUGCCCUUCAGGGCAUCAUCGACAUCAUCUUCGUGAUCGGGGUGAACCCAAUGUCUCAGAGCUCUCAGAGCAUGCUCUACAAUCCCAUGCUGAUGAUGUGCCAGAACAUCCAGGGCAGCCCCAGCCUCAGCGGCAGCGUGGGGGCCGGUUUUCCCGGAGGAUUCCCCAUGUACACUCAAUACCUGCACCACUACUGCUACAUGGACCCGGAGGAGGCGGUUGCUUUGGUGUUGGGUCUGAUGGUGGUUUUGGCCCUGAGUCUGUCUGCUUACUUUGCCUACAAGACCCGCAGCAAGAUUUGGAGGCACGGCAAAGCUAACAUCUACUGGGACGAGCCGCGGGUCAGGUCGGCAGAGGGCCAGGAUGUACAGGAUUGGGUGAACCUCGUUGGAGAGGUGCGCAGCACCCAGCAGGCACCGACUGUUGCAUCAGCACCUGAACUGGGAGCGGAGAAUAGCGUGGUCUCCUAUGGCACCCGAACAGUCAGCAUUCCCAAUGAUAGAAAUGAUAAAAGCAAAAGCUUCCCUGCUGAUAACAGUAAUCAUCGGGCCGCGGAGCCUUUGUAUCAGAACAGCAGGGUGGCAGUUUGCUCCAGCGGCUCCUCAGACGACACCGACAGCAUCAGGAAACCUCCUCCUCCUCCUCGCCAUGUGGAGAAGGAGCGGAGGAAGGGCCGAGAGCCCGAGCCCGCUGCUCCCGGGAGGGCGGAGUCGCCGUAUGAAACCGGUUACACCACCGGAGACACGGCCAAUGAUCUGGACGGGGACCACGCGGAUCACCUCUGCAGGCUAUACCCAGAGAUAACUUCAGACGAGCAGCGCCGGCAGUACAAGAAGGAGUUUGACUUUGAUCUGACCUCCUAUAAGAGGCUCUGCGCCGAGAUGGAUGACAUCAGUGACCAGAUGCACAAGCUGAGCCGAGAACUGGACAUGUUGGACGAGGACUCCGUGAAGUACCAGGGUGUUGCAGACGAGUAUAACCGACUGAAAGCCCUGAAAAGUACUUCAGAUCAUCAAGCAAAGAAGAAGCAGUGCAAAGAGCUUCGACAAAAACUUUUCCACAUCAAACGUCUGGUGAAAAUCUUUGACCAAGGUCUCUGUUAGUGUGUCUUCAAAAUCCAAACAGCCGAGGAACAACAAACACAAAACCUCCAUGUUCUUUACGCUUUUACUGCUUGAAUUGUGAGACAGUUUGUCCCUCAAACCGACCGUAGUCACUGAAAGUCAACAUCUAAUGUUUACAACUGGUUUCUCCUGCAGCUGUAGAUCUGUCGGAUUAGAGCCGCGGAUGAGACCUUUUAAAAUGUCUUGUGUUCAUUUAGCAUUUCAAUGUGAAUUUGUUUUCUUAUGUAGAAUGUUGAUGGUGAGUGAUGAAUGCUUUUUGUACAGAAGAUAUUAAUAAUGAAAUAAAUUAGCAGUUGAAACUAGUUCACAUGCAUUAAAUAACUUAGAGCAUUAUGGUACAUGUCGCAGUGUUUAUUUGGCAUUCUUCAUACAGAUUUAAUUACAACACAGUUGGAAAAAACAAAAACCUAAAAGACACAUCGUCAUCUUUUGAAUCUUUUAAUAACGUUGCCAUACACAUGAAAUUUCAAAAACAUAAGAACUCAGUAACACAAAGAUAAGAAAACAUUAAUAGCAUAUUUAUCUUUUUUUUCUCGAUAAAGUUGUGAGUUUCAAAAGGCGGCAGAUCAUUAAGCAGAGUUACAACUUUCCACUUUUUGUUUAAAACUAAAUGCUGGAAUAUGUCGUAUUUGGAGUUGAUUUCGGUUUUAUCAAAUAUUUUACUUGUGAUUUUGUAAACUCGCCUCUUGAAAUACCUUUUUGAGGUAAAUUCUGUUGGACCCAAGUCCUUCUAACUGGUCACAGCUAAUGUGAUGUUUUGGCAUUGAAGUUCCACCAGAUUUUCAUCCAUUACAGUGUUGUCUCACAUCCUUCACAACAGCAGAGGUUCACUCUCCGUCGCACCAGCGGACACGGCAUUAAGAGAAGCUUCCUUUUCGACAUCUCAACGGAUGACAAGAGGUAUUUUCAUGUAAAUACGUAUAGAAAAAAAACAAACAUU